CAUUUUUUUGGUUGUUUUCGGUAAUAUUACACUGAAAAAGCUUCAAAGAAAAACCAAGUUUGAAGCUUGAUUCAGGGUUUUAGGGUUUUUUUUAAUUACUCUCUCUCUGUUCUGAGUUUUGUGUGAUUUUUGUUUCUUUGGCAUUCAAAUUUUAAAACUUGAUAUGAACGGGGAGGAGUUGACAGAGCAGGAGAUUGCUCUUUGUUAUAGUCAAAUUAGGGUUUGGGGUGCUGAUGCUCAAAGAAGAUUGAGCAAAUCUCGUAUACUAGUUUAUGGAAUGAAAGGGACUGUUGCUGAGUUUUGCAAGAACAUUGUACUGGCAGGCGUUGGUAGUGUGACAUUGGUGGAUGACCGUGCAGUUACUCAGGAAGCUUUGUCUGCGAAUUUCUUGAUAUUGCCUGAUGAAAAUCUGUACACUGGGAAUACUCUUGCUGAGGUCUGUUGUGUUUCUUUGAAAGAAUUCAACCCCAUGGUUCAUGUUUCUGUAUAAAAAGGUUAGUAUUUUGAGUAUCGUAUGGUCAAAAAUUCACAAUGCUCAGAACUUUUGUGAAUUUUGAGUAUAGCUGUGGAGUGAAACCUUUCUUAAAGACCUUAUAGAGG